AUACAAACAUCUUGGUGGACCCCACAGAGUUUGUGGUUACAGGAGAUUCCUAUUACCCGGGUCACAUGCAAGUCGUCCCUCCCAAGCGCGCGCGCAGAAUCUCUGCGUCUCUCAUCAUCGUCCGAGAAGGGAAAUUCCAAAUCAGAUGAAUAGGUCGUUCAACAACAAAACCCUAAUCACCCUCUCUCCAUCUCUAGUAUCAACCGAGAAGGGAAUAUCCAAAUCGAUGUAAACGAAACCCUAGCUUUUUCAUAAUCCCAUUAUCGCUCUUUAUUUCCUCUCUGCCUGCACAUGUCUUCGAUUUACGUAUCGGAGCCUCCGACGAAGGGGAAGGUGGUGUUGAAUACGACGUACGGUCCCCUCGACGUGGAGCUCUGGCCCAAGGAAGCGCCCAAGGCCGCCAGGAACUUCGUCCAGCUCUGCAUCGAAGGGUAUUACGACAACACCAUCUUCCACCGCGUUAUCAAAUCUUUCCUCGUCCAAGGCGGCGAUCCCACUGGCACCGGCACUGGUGGUGGAAGCAUUUACGGGGGUGUGUUUGCUGACGAAUUCCAUUCACGGCUAAGAUUCAACCAUAGGGGCUUACUUGCAUGUGCAAAUGCUGGGUCGCCACAUUCAAAUGGUAGCCAGUUCUUCAUGUCUUUGGAUCGUUGCGAUUGGCUUGACCGGAAGAACACCAUUUUCGGAAAGGUUACUGGGGACUCAAUAUUUAAUCUCCUAAGAUUAGGUGAAGUCGACACAGAUAAGAAUGACCGACCAUUGAAUCCUCCUCCAAGGAUCAUCUCCAUUGAGGUAUUGUGGAACCCUUUUGAUGAUAUAAUUCCAAGGAAAGCACCUGAGAAGUCGUUGUCUUAUUCUACAGCUGACACUGAGGGCAAAGAUCAGAAGAGGAAAGCUGUGAAGAAGCUCAACUUGCUAUCUUUUGGAGAAGAAGCAGAAGAAGAAGAGAAAGAGCUGGCAGCAGUGAAAGAGAAGAUUAAGAGCAGUCAUGAUGUAUUAAACGAUCCCCGUCUGCUUAAAGAAGCACCAAAAGAGGAAUUGAAUGCGUUAGAAGUCCAGAGGAAAAAGGAUUUGCAGAUAUCGGUCAGAGAAGCUCUAGCCUCUAAGCGUGACAACACUGAGAGACAAUCAGAUAUCAAUCUUUCUGAUGGUAAUGACCUGAGCGAUGAUGAUGAGGCCAAAUUUGAUGCACGGAUGCGUCUUCAAAUUCUUAGAAAGCGGAAGGAUCUGGGAGAAAUCACCAGUCGGCAGAAAAUGACUGAUGAUGAAUAUAGUCCCAAGGAACAUGGAAUGGCCUCUCCAAGGAGCAACGGUGAAGAUUUGGAAAGGAGAGGUUCCAAGAAGGAAAAGCUUUCUUUGAAGAAAAAAGGAAUCGGCUCUGAAGCCAGGGCUGAGCAUCUAGCUAAAGCAGAUGCAGACUUACAGCUACUGGGUGAUGAUGAGCGGCAUAGACAGAUGCAGAAACAGAAGAAGCGAAGAUUACAGGGCCGUGAAGAAGAUACGCUGGCAAAGCUGGAGAGAUUUAGGAAAUCCGUUGCUUUGAAGCCCAUCAUACCAGUUAGCAAUGAGUCUAGAGGUGAUGAUGAGGCAGAUGAAUCUGGCUGGACAGCACAUCAGUUGAAGUUCAUGCCUGACCCUUCCAACAAGGAUGGCAUGGCUCGGAAAGACGACCCCAAUGAGUAUGUGGUGCAUGAUCCUCUUCUUGAGAAGGGUAAAGAGAAAUUCAAUAAGAUGCAAGCCAAGCUGAAGAGGCGGGAGCGCGAAUGGGCAGGCCAAUCCAUCACUUGAUCAUUCUACCACAUGAGAGGUUUCCUCUACAAGUGUAUGCAGUAACGAUGAUUUGGUUCUCAAUUUCCUUUCUUGACUUUGUAUUUACAUGCAUCAAUCCCUAAAAAGAAAAGGAGAAAAAAAAGGGAAAGGAAAAGAGAAUGUACUUUGUUUGUUGCAUUGCCUAGGCCAGGAAUCAACUCCUCUUCAGCUCUAAUUCCAAACUUAUUCGCAAAUCAGGUUUUUACGAUA